GCACCGGUGUGCGAUAACUCAGGCCGUCAGGCAUUCCAUGUUUUGCAUGUGGAUCCAGACUCUCGGCUCAACUCCCACGCGAUUCCGCGGAAGCGAGACUUGUGGCCUCCUCACCUCCGUCGUGUCGAGAAACGCUAAAAUACCUAAAACCUCGACCCAUCGACCCAUCACUGUACUCUCGUCGACCUGCAUAUACUUUUCAGAGGUGCCUUGGGUGGAACCCCGCUAUGCAAAAAAGCCCCAAAUCUGGAAUCGCUGCCGUUCGCCCAACAACACCUCUCGCUCUCAUCAAAGCAAUGUCCGCCACAACCGUCCCCGCGGUGGCUAUCGCCGCCGUGGCUCUCGUCCUUCUGUUCCGACGGUUUCAAAAGUUCCGCUACAUAAUACGGAUGAUCGGCCUUAUCAUCGCUGGUCUCCUCUCGAGCACGGCGGGCAUUGUCGCUAGUCCCGUCAUGUACCUCCUUGGCAAACCUAGCUCCUGUAACUGGGUGGUUGCCCGAACCAUGAGGUUCUUGGGUCCAUACUUCACGGGGAUGAACGUGGUUGUGGAAGGCAAAAUCAACCAAGAUAACGUGCCAUCUGUCAUUGUAUGCAAUCACCAGAGUUCGCUGGACAUCAUUUGUAUGGCCGCCGUGAUACCGCAGAACGUCGUCGUUAUGGCCAAGCGGGAAAUCAAAUACGUUCCAGUGCUUGGCUGGUUCAUGGCAUUGGCAAAUAACGUCUUCAUUGACCGUGGAAACCGAACCAGCGCUAUUGAGACGAUGGCAAAGGUUGCUGUCUACUUGAAGGCAAAGAAGCUCAGUUUGUGGCUCUUCCCGGAGGGCACUCGUUCGCAUCAGAGCGAUGACUCUAUGCUCAGCUUCAAGAAGGGCGCCUUCCAUCUUGCAGUGCAGGGCAACAUUCCCGUGAUUCCGAUUGUUUGCUCUACCUACCAUCCCUAUUACGACAAGAAGAACUGGUCUUUCGAGCCGGGAGUUGUUCACAUGAAGGUCCUCGACCCCAUUUCCACCGAGGGCAUGAAGACAGCCGACGUUGAUGCACUUAUCGAGAAGACAAGAGCCAAAAUGCUCGAGGCGUUGAAGAGCAUCAAAACACUACCUCCCACCUCAUUGGCCAAACAGGGCAAGGUCGAAUGAACCUCGUAACAUGUAGCUACGAGAAGGCAUCAAAGGGACGUGGAGCAGGACAAAAUAUAUGCAAUGGAGGCUUUGGAUGUUCCGCGGCGUUGAGAUUUUACUGAUACGACACGAUAUUAUAUAUAGA